GAAGUACAAAUAUAAUGUCAGGUGGCUGAAAAUUUGCCUACCAAAAUGUCAAAAAGGCCAUCUUAUGCCCCACCUCCUACCCCAGCUCCUGCAACCCAAAUGCCCAGCACACCAGGGUUUGUGGGAUACAAUCCAUACAGCCAUCUGGCCUACAACAACUACAGGCUGGGAGGGAACCCGGGCACCAACAGCCGGGUCACGGCUUCCUCUGGUAUUACCAUUCCAAAGCCCCCCAAACCCCCAGACAAGCCCCUGAUGCCCUACAUGAGGUACAGCCGGAAGGUCUGGGACCAAGUGAAGGCGUCCAAUCCUGAUUUGAAGUUAUGGGAAAUUGGCAAGAUUAUUGGAGGAAUGUGGCGAGAUCUCACUGAUGAAGAGAAGCAAGAGUAUUUGAAUGAAUAUGAAGCUGAAAAGAUAGAGUACAAUGAGUCCAUGAAGGCCUACCACAACUCUCCUGCAUACCUGGCCUACAUCAACGCCAAGAGCCGUGCAGAGGCUGCGCUGGAAGAGGAGAGCCGCCAGAGGCAGUCGCGCAUGGAGAAAGGGGAGCCCUACAUGAGCAUCCAGCCUGCAGAGGAUCCUGAUGACUAUGACGAUGGGUUUUCUAUGAAGCACACGGCCACAGCUCGUUUCCAGAGGAACCAUCGUCUCAUCAGUGAGAUCCUGAGCGAAAGCGUGGUUCCCGAUGUCCGCUCUGUGGUCACCACAGCUAGAAUGCAAGUUCUGAAACGCCAGGUUCAGUCAUUAAUGGUUCAUCAGCGUAAACUGGAAGCUGUAGAGCGUCACCAGGAAAAGAAGAGGAAGUUUCUGGAAAGCACAGAAUCCUUUAACAACGAGCUCAAAAGGUUAUGCAGUUUGAAGGUGGAAGUGGAUAUGGAAAAAAUUGCUGCUGAAAUUGCUCAGGCAGAGGAACAGGCUCGCAAGAGGCAGGAGGAAAGGGAAAAAGAAGCAGCUGAGCAGGCAGAACACAGCCAAAACAACAUCGCAGCUGAGGAAGAACAGGUGGCUAGCAAGGCAGAGGAGAAGAAAGAAGAGGAAAGUGCUCCAAUGGAGACAGAAGAGCCUCACCCAGAAGAGGGCACAGAAACCCAGCAGAAUGGAGAAGAAGGAACAUCCACCCCGGAUGACAAGGAGAGUGGCCAAGAAGGGGGCGACAGCACCGCAGAGGAGGGAACCAGUGACAGCAACACUGGUUCUGAGAGCAACAGCGCGACAGUGGAGGAGCCUCCUGCAGACCCCAGCGCCGAGGACAGUGAGAAGAAGGAAUAAAUGUUGACUCACUUCAUGUGUCUCUCUAAGGAAGUUCUGGUUUGGUUUCAACAUGUGCUACGUGGCUUUUGUAUCUUCCCUGCCUGUAUCCCUUGUUCCCAAAGGAUACUGGGCUU